AUGGCUGCCCAUACAACGCCGUUGGCGUUACUUACUGAGUGGGCCAAGGGCAAGGUUAGGAACAAGUUGAACAACCAGGUUCUGUUCGACAAGCCUACCUACGAGAAGCUGUACAAGGAGGUGCUUGCCUACAAGCUCAUCACCCCCUCGGUUGUCUCUGAGCGUUUGAAGAUCCGCGGAUCUCUGGCCAAGCGUGCUCUCAUCGAGCUGCGCGACAAGGGUCUGAUCAAGCAGGUCGUGCAACAUCAUUCUCAGGUGAUCUACACACGUGCAACCAAGGGUGAUGAAGCGUAAAAUGUUUUACCAACGCAUUUUUAUAGUCGCAUUCGUUUUACAAUGAAUUGGAUUGUAUGGGAGAGCACUAGGACUCUGCUGUGUGUAAAAUGUUGAAUAAACUUGCUUUCCUAUUGAUGUAAGGG